GUGCAAGGCGUUUUUACAUUUGUUCUCUGACAUAGAGUUUAAAAUUGUCGUAAGUAAUGGCUACGAAACGUUGGAAUGGACGAUUUAAUGCUGAAAUAGACGAUGGGCGGCAUUAUACAUUUUACUACAAACUUCAACGCUCUUUAAAAUACAAUAGAAGAAGAAUAGAAGAAGCGAUGGAAGAAAUCGAGUCAUAUUCCUGCAUUCGAUUUGUGCCAAGAAGACGCCAAAAAUGUUUUUUGACUCUUACCAAAAAAGAUGGGUGCUGGUUUGAAGGUUAUGGUGAGUGCAGACCACGUAUUUCUCUUGGAAUAGGUUGCACAGAAUACGGAACCAUACUUCACGAACUGCUCCAUGCCAUUGGAUUUCCACAUGAACAAAACAGACCUGACAGAAGUGACUACAUUACCAUUAACUGGAGGAAUAUAAAAAAGGGAGACAAGGAUCAGUUCAAAAAACUUCGAUGGAGCCAAUACGAUUGGGUGGAUUUCAAUAUUGACUAUGAAUCCAUUAUGAUGUACGACAGCUACGCAUUUUCGAGAAAUGGCCAGAUGACCAUUCAGAGAAAGGAUAAGGAAGAGAUAGAAGAAAACGAGGAACUGUCUGACAUGGACAUAGAAAAAUUGAGAUCGUUGUAAUCUUGAAAAUUUUUGUGAAAUUUCUGUCUAUGAACUUUCUUUGUCAUUCUCUCUUUUUAUUGUUAUUAAUGAUUUUUUUCAUAAAUUUGAUUUCGGUAUUUUCGAUUUGAAAGUUAAAAUAUUUUAAAGGCUGAGAAAGAUAAUGAAUUUUAAUUACUGUUUCAGCAUGAUUAAAAAUUACAAUUACCACCUAUUGUUAAUUUAUUAUAGAAACACUCUGGCUAGUAUCUUACUUAAAGAGUUCUUACUUGGAACCAAGAAAGGUGGACUUCUCGAACCUCUUCAGUCAUCUCUUGUGUCAUGAAGUGAUAGGCAAAAAAUUUCUGUUUUCUCAUACAGAAAAGAUGCAAAUUAUGGAUGUUCUGUUUUCUCAUUUGUAGUGCUUUUAAUUAUACUAAUUCUAACACCAAUUGAGACAGAAGCGAAGAGGCAGUUUUCUCAUGUGAUCGCUAUGCUGUCAAUCUGGAAAUAACUUAUCUUGUAUCGCCACCUAAAUGUUUUAGGAUUUCUUCACCUUCGACUGUUAGGAUCUACUGGAUUCAGAUUGAAUCAUUUGAAUAUAUCUUGAAUCUGUGGAUUCAUCGUCCGCACAGCGCCUUUUUUGAAGCCUUUUGUUAUACAAACGAAACUGUGCAAUAAUUUUUGAUUCGAGUUGUAUUAUUUAAAAAUUGUUUAUUUAAGUUUUUAAACUAUUUCUUCUUUUGUGUUUUCCUAUGUAUAUAUGGACAAGUGUUGAUAUAACUUUUUGCAAUAUUAUAUUAAUGUGAUGAGUAAACAUUUAUUAUUGAAAUAUUAAACUGUCCUGAAUUAUUUGCAACUAUUGAUUUGAAUUAUUUGAAGCAAGGAUUAUGCUUAUCCUGAAUCACCUCCUAGAUUUUUCAGAAUUUCCUCACCUUGGAAUGCCUGGAUCUGUUUGAUUCAGACUGAAUCAAUUGAAUAUUUCUUGAAUCUGUGGAUUCAUCAUCAAAGCACUGCAGAUAUUCCAUUCUGUUUUGAAAACUUUUUUUACAUAAACGAAUGCCACAAAUAGAGGUGAAAUGACAAGUUGCUGUUCAUUACAAAAUUCUGUACUAUAUGCAGUAACUUUUGAUGCGAGUUGUAUUACUACGGAUAUUAUUGAACAAUUUUUUCAGAUACUUAAUCUAUUUCUACUUUUGUAUAUUUCUUUGUA